AGUCAACAGGUUGUAUAUAAGGAACUUUAAACGGGAGUGCCCGUGCAGUGCAACUAUUACUACUACUUAAACGGUGUGGCCGUGGUCUGUCAUCAGGAAUCAUCGUCCAGGUUUGAGAUGGACAAGAUUUACAGUUUGCUGGAGAAGCACAGGCUGGAAUCCUACUAUUCAUCAUUUCAAAAAUUAGGAGUGAAAGAUGAACAAGAUUUUAUUGACAGUGUCACUGAAGAAGACCUGACCAGCCUUGGGCUGACUCAUGUGGAGAAGAAUCGUUUCAGAGAGAUGCAGAGGUUCAUUGGCAGACUCAGAGCUCCUGUACCAGAUACAUCUUUACGUGUGCACAAGUCCAUGAAAGCAUUCUCUUUAAAGUACACUUAUCCCUUGUGUCCAGAGAUAAAGAUCAUCUCAGAUAUGGAUCCUGCUCAGAACACAGUGGAAGAUCUGAUGCUGAGGAUUGGGCAUGCAGAGAAUAUUGGUUCUUCUAAAGGAGUCUGCCUCUACACAGUGGAUGGAAUGCCCCUGACUGACGACCCCUUUUUCAACACAUGGUCUUUGGAGGACAGACAUAUCAAGGGUGGAGAUGUCAUCUAUGCCAUAUUUACUUCCAAAGAAAAUCUACUGACAUCAACAAAAAGUUUGAAGAGUCCGGACCAAGUGUUGGGAACUGAUACUGUCCGCUGUCAUGUUAUGCUAAAGGGAGACUUUGAAGUUAAUGUGGAUUUGGCAUCUGACACAGUUGCAAACCUGAAGAACAAGCUUAGUGGGAUAAGUGGAAUUCCAAGUAAUGUUCUUCAUUACAGGGGUGACAAUGGCUCUGGCAGUACUCUGUUUGGACUUGGCAUCACAGAGGGGGCAACACUGAAUUUCUCUCUGUCCUCCUUUACUGAGGAUCCCCUGGAGCCAAAUACAUUAUUUUUAAAUGACAUUACACCCUCGGUUCAGCAAACCAAAAAAGGAAUCAGUGUUUUCUUUGCUUCUCUUUAUGUCAUUAAAAAUAAUGCUCCUGUUGUCCAACAUGGCGACCUCAUUGGCUACAUUCGAAAGGUGACUGGAUGCAACCCCCUUGCCCAAAGUCUGCAUCAGAUUCUGCAGAAGAAUCAAAGUUUGUCCAGGUCUCAAAAGAUUGCAGUGAUUGAAGGCUUGUACACACUGUUUCGGGAGAUCCUCCCAAAACUGGAAUCCUGUGAUGGAGGCAGGAUCAUAGAGGACCAAGAAGUCUUUGAGCAUUCACUGUUCUGCUGGUCUUAUAUUAUGUCAGAAACCAAGAAAGGUCACUCUCAUCAUGAAAUCUAUGCACCAGUGUCACUAUUUUCGGAGAAUGGCAGGCAUUUCUGUGAACCAGUCACUGUACCUGGGCUGCCAGGGACCAUGGAGAGGGCAGAUGUACUGCAAAUAAUCAGAGACAAUGAAACUAUCCCACUCUGCACUGAGCAGGUACUGAUGUCCACCUCACUGAAGAGAUGCACUGACAUUGAGAAAAUCCUGCUCAGUGUUCAUCCAUCAAUACGAACAUAUCACUUGUGGAUUUCUCAUGACAGUGUGUCUGGUCAGAACUUUCAGCUGGAAGCAAAAAAGACUCUUGAAGUUAUGACUGAGGAAAUGAAGGCUUUUCCGUUGCUCCAUGUGACUCCUCCACUUCUGCUGAAGGAUCUGGGACAACAAGAUACACGCUUGGUGUACCUUAGCAAAGAUAACCUUGGUGUUUAUUUGCACAAAGACAAGUUGAAGCCUGAAAUAAUAACUGUGUAUGAUUGUCUGUCUGGCAAAACACAAAAUGUGGAUGUAGAUGUUUUGGCUGCACAAUCUGGAGAUCACAGAAAAGAUCAAUCUCUGGCCACAAUCAGAAUCCCAAAAGAAGCUAUUUUGGUGCUAAUAGAUACAAGCUCAUCUAUGAAUGAGAAGUGCUAUGGAAGUGUGGAUAUCCAAAAGAUUCAUGCUGUCAAAGAACUCUUCAAUAACUUUGCCAAUCGGAGCAUGGCGUAUGAUUUCCAUCACAUCAUUGGCCUUGUGAAAUUUGAUUCUGCAGUGAAAACUCUUCAGACCUUCACAGAAACACUUGAAACAUUUAAGGAUAGUGUUCAGAAUCUUCAGCCAAGUGGACGCACACUGCUUUAUGAUGCUCUUGAGCAUGGGAGACUCGAGUUAGAAAAAGUCAAGGCAAAAUUUCCAGAUUGUGUCCUGCGCAUUCUGUGCCUCACAGACGGGAAUGAUGUUGGAUCCAAAUAUAAGCCAGAUGAUGUUGCUGUCAGUCUGAUCAAAUGUGACAUCACUCUGGAUUCAGUUCUUCUUGGAAAAGUAGAGAACCAUAUGCUUCACGGAAUCAGCAUUGCAACUGGUGGCUGUUGUUUUAAACCUGACACAAGCAAAGAUGGUCUCAAAUUAUUUGAGACAGAAACUGUUCUGUCUUAUAGCAUUCGAAAGAUGAAGAACAAAGCAGAUAUCACCUCUGUUACCAUGGAUUUUCUAAAAGGACUUUUUGCAGUUCGUGGAUAUGAUGGCAUCCCAGAGGCUGUUCUGCCCAGUGAGGUGACCAAUAAAGUCACUGUGACAGAAGAUGCACUGAAAAAGAAAAUUCAUGAGGCCAAAGAUGGACGUUUCAUGGAGAGGGACAGAAGGAUCUUGGAGGAGCUGAAGAACCUGCAUUGUCAUCCACAUCCUUUCUUUCAAAUCUUCCCAUCAGAAACAGACUUUACAUUUUGGAAACUUCUUAUGGAAGGCCCUCCGGAUACACCUUAUGAGACUGGAGUGUUUGAGCUCUUCUGUCAAUUUGGUCCUGACUACCCAGUGAAACCACCAACAGUCCGCUUCAUCACUUCUAUAUAUCACUGCAAUAUCAACAAUGUGGGUCGCAUUUGCCACAACAUAUUUGACCGUGGAUACAACGCACACAUCACGAUGAGAGAGAUCCUUAAUGCUGUUUACGGACUGUUGAUUGCUCCAGAACCUCAAGAUCCACUGGACAGCAUAUUGGCUGAGGAGUACCUGACAAGUCCCAAGAAGUAUGACGAAGAAGCCAAAAAACACACUCAAAAGAGUGCUGGGAAAUCACUGGAUGAAAUGGAAAAGACAUUGGUUGAAACUGUGAAGCCUUUACCAGAAAAACUCACCUGUCCACUCACCAAGAAACUCUAUGUUGAUCCAGUGAUAACAAAAUAUAAAGAUGUUUAUGAACGGAAAGCAAUUGAAAAACAUCUUAAAAAGUCGAGAUUUGAUCCACUUGACAAGUCUCAAAAGCUGCUGAGAAGGACUGACUGGAAACCCUGUCCUCACAUGAAAGCCAUGGUAACUGAAUAUCGUGAGAGUCAAAUUUUGGAAACUAGCUUGUAGGAACAAAAGACUGCAUGUUUUAUCUUCUAUUAGAGUUAGUUUGUAUUCCUUAUUUUUUUAUAAACUCUUUGUAGCUUUCAGAUUUAUUUUACUUAGAAAUUAUAUAGCCAACUUGAUACCUUACUAAUUUGGUUUGUUUAACCUUACAAUAUUGUAUGCCUUGUGGAUCAUUUUUGUGACAUGAUUAGGAAUAAGGCUUUUAUCUUAUCUUUUAUCCUACAGCCUACAUAAUAGAAAUAUGUUUUCCAUGCUUAUGAAUGUCAUUUUAGCAUGGGAGCAUCAACGGGUUUAGUCCCACAUGCUACCAUGCACUAAAUAUUUAAAUGAAAGGGUUGGAUUUUUUUAUAUUGAUGCUUUGCAGCUGAUUUCAUCAACAUUCCCUGGUGGUGUGAUGUGACCUCUAGGCUCUAGUCUGUCUGAGGCUUUAUUAGACUUUAAUCUGAUGUUUAUUUUAACACAAUCUGACCAGAACGAAUUUACUUAUGCUGUUAAAGUCGUUCACACAUAAAAUUAGUCACAAACUAGUCAACAGUUUUUUAAUUACUCACACUCACCAUUUUUGGUGAGUAGGGCCAUUUGUAUUGAUCACAGCCUGCUGAAAAUGUCGUUGCUCUGCUUAGAAUGUUCUACAGAAUGACAUUAAAUUGAUCUACCUUACAUUUAUUCAAUUACAGGUGGCUUUAUAGCUCAAAAAUACCUAGAAAAACAGGCAUUCUGAUUAUGAGCGAUGUUGCCUCUCCACAUAUCUGACCUGUAGCUUAGUCUGAUUUGGUUUACAUGAACAUUGAAAGGUUUAAUGCCAUACUGCAAAGGAUUCCGGACAAAACAAUAACAUCUCUAUGAAAAAAACAAAACUUUUGACAGACCCUCCACUAGAAAAGUUCCACAAUACACCUUUAAAUCAAUUUUGGAUUUUUCGUGAGUUUUCAUAGAAUCUCAAAGCGUUCUUGACUGUUUGCAAAUGUGUGCAUUGUCUCACCAUGGUAACUCCUAAACGUUCCACCAUUAGAGGUACAUGUAGAACACUCCCAGCAUGAUGUCACUGCAAAGAUGAAUAAAUUGUUUAUGUAAUGUA